AUGUUGCACACAUCAAAGCACCAGGAGUUGGACAUCCCACUGCACACUGACGAAGCCUGGGAUGCAGAUGACGAGGACUCUGAAUCAGAGCGCACUUCCAAUGCAUUUGACUUUGUGCCGUUGUCGAUUGCACUAGGACUAAAAAAGGAAGUCCACCCCUUAUUUCACUUCAGGGUCCGCCGUGAAGAAGGUAAGUUUCCAGGCGCGUCGGGUAAGUCUGAUGGCUGGAUUAGCGCCUCUCAUUUUCUCUGGACCAUGUGCGCUACACUAGCAGAAGCAGGCAUCGAUCCGGAAUGGACAGUGACAUUUGGGAAAUGGCGACCCCAGUGGAACAAGAUUCAGGUACAAGUGAAGACAUUCGGAUAUACUCAGUUUUCUUCUGAGAUCCCCCCUGCUCCGGUUGGUCUUGCGUUGGUCCAAUUCUUUGGGUCCCGAUUUGACGAAGAACCGAGAGAGUUUGAGAUUGAGCAGGAGGACCUGGACAAUGUCUCGGAUUGUCAGGAUAUCUGGACCCUUUGGCGAUACAUUAUUGAGACGCCUGCAGAUCAGAUCAAAGAGUUUCAUGUUUCCCUCAGAGAUACUGCGAGGCUUCUUGGGCCUUAG